AUGACGGCCAUGUCUGUAGCUCGUGGAUGUAACAUGGUGCAGCCCCAUCAGAAACUGUUGCUGGUAACUCUGGGCCCACCACAAACGACUGACACCAGACCGCGGCUCGCUAUGGAGGCGAGGGCUGAUGCCUAUGUUUGGACCAUGGAAGGAAAGGCAGGGGCUGUUCUUCGUAUACACUAUCCUGAACUCUUGCCGUCCGUCAUUAAUAGAGGGAUGGUGUUUGGUCGUUUCGGUCCAGACCAAAAAACCCAGUUGGUGACAGCCCUACAGGCGGAAGAUCUCAUAGUGGGGAUGUGUGGGGACGAGGCCAAUGACUGCGGCGCUCUGAAAGCUGCUCACGUGGGUGUAUCACUCUCAGAGUUUUACUCAAUACUGGGCAAAAAUCAGUUCCUAUACACUGAUUUAGUUCUAACAACUCUGCUAGCACUAUCUUUAGGCAGAGCGUCUCCCGGCCCGAUACUUACAAAACAAUCACCUCUCGUCUCUCUAGUUGCUAUGACAAACUACGUGGUAGUAACAUUAAUGACUCAAGCUGUGUUCGUGACGGUUCUACUUCUCUGUCCAUGGAAGUGGUUGGCUGACUUCAUUGAGAUAGAAGUUAUGAAUAUUGUUCAACAAGAACGGAGUCUAUCUAUUGCUUAUACCGGUCUUACAUCUCAUGUUGGCUAUAGCUGUUGA